AGUACAUUAUAGUUCAACCAAGAAUUGCAAUUGUUUCUAUUUGAGAAGAGCAAUAUCGAAUCUGGAUUCAUUGUUUACAUUCCGACUUUUUUAUCCUUCAAUCAUUUCACCAACGAUGGCAUCGUUUGCUCGCAACGCCGGAUCUUCUCGCAAUCUCAUUCGGGUAUGGCUUUCCCGACAUGGUGUCUAUCUCGCGGCCAUGCUUGCUGUUGCGAACGGUGUUACCACCUCCAGGAAAAAGGGUCGAUCGGCGGCUGCGAGCAAACCAAGGCAGGAUGUAGGCUCGGCAGCGGAAGCCCCCACGGAUGUUGUACUAGUAAGAAAAAUUUUAGAUGUACAACAUAGCAACGUACUGCAAUUUCGUUGUGUAUCAGGUUUAGCUCGUAUUCCUGACUAAUCCGACCACUGGAAAAGGAGCUACGUCUGACUUCCAACGGCAAGUUCGUGUAUAAUCAGAGUUUUAUAAUGUGAUCACAGAAGAACUAGCCGCGUGGUCGUGUGCGAUCGCCCAAAAGAAUGUUAAAAAACCUUUGAAAUUUUCCAUCUGUAGUGCGGUGACGCGAACGAAAGUGCGUCAUGCUCACCUAGCACCGACCAGUGGAGCUCACCGACAACAGACGAAGUAGAUAACUACGACGAGAAUACGAUUGCGACGGGACGGCAGAAAUUAUGAACGAGGUUUACUAGAAGGCGGAUAAGUAGACCUAUUCAAAAUUCUGUUAUGAAAGAGGUUGCUACAUCAACUCGCGACGUCAUCUUGUCUAUCCUCUUAUACAUGUGACAGCUGUUUCUUGUAGGCGUUCUCUACCUACGACUACUUUCAUUGCUUGUCACGACAUCAAGUGCCGGAGUACUACCGAUGCAGUCAGUAGACGAGCGUCCACGGUCACAAUUGCGACCACCUCCAGGUCUCGAAGGGGUGGUGGCACGCAGUCCAUAUCCCUUGAGCGAAGACGUCGCGUAUCGUGUUAAUGCACUAGACCUGCACUCUCCAAGAGGACCUAGCCUUCUCACCGGCGACUUCGAUGUUGGUAUUUUGGCUCGAUAUUCGGUGGGUUAAAAUCUACUAGUAGUCCUAAGUUUACAAUAUCUGCUUGGUAGUACUAGCGUACGUUUUCCGUCUCAAACCGGAUGAUAAUUCAUUUCGUUUGUGUUUGAUAUCGUUUGCCAUAUCAAUCUCAUUGACUCUCUCGUUUUUUAGAUGAGGCUACCGCUUGGCUAAGACAAACGUCAGUCGGUGGCUCGACGGCGGCAUCUAUUUCGCCGUAUGAGAGGCAGGCUAUGAACGGGGACUUGGAUCGAUUACGCACGGAGAAAAAUAUACAAAUGUUUGAAGAGGGAACAGGCGCGUUUCUUGCAGCCAGAAAAAAGGUGCUGAAGAAACGCACAUGAAAAAUCAUGAAAAAUGCUAUUCUUUUUAAGAGAAAGGCGUAACGUAGUCGCACUUUGUGACUGCCGUUAUGAUAGAAGUAAAUUCGUUUUGUCAUGCCUGCAAAUUGUCUCUAUCUCUCUCGAUUGAGCUGAUCUAGGCGGCGGUAUUCGAUUGCUAUGUAUUGGAGAAUUUUUCAGUCCUAGUGUGGUCGAUUUUAGUAGUUUCGACCUUCCUUACUUUGCUGAUACGAAUGUAAUUAGCUGUCCGAGGUGAAAUUCCGAGUCCUGUAAAAAGGAACUCUCCAUAUGGAGAGAACUACAGCGAAUCGGAGUAAGAUUCACAAGUGCUUGUACUCACUUCCGCAGAAGAUGACAGAUAAAGUAUUGUCCGCUUUCGGGGUUCAUGCAGUUCGUGAAGUUGGGUUUAGCAUCCUCAUCUUGAUCACAUAUAAUAUGUCUGUGUGAACAUGUCUUUUGUCUGUUUCCAAAUUGUCUAAACGAAGAGGAACCUUAUCGUGUCUUUUACAUAAAUCUUAUAGGAUGGCAGGAUAAACCGUAGCCAUUGUGAAUCAAGUUAUUGUGCAGGUUUCACAAAAUCAAGAUUUGUGUAAGCAACAGACGGUUCUAGAUACAGUAGAGUUAGGACUUUGGAGUUAUGAUAACUUGUUAAGAACACUCAAAAGCCAUGAAAUCAUCUCGAGAACGUGCACCGUAGCAGGAUUCAUGAACAGCACCAGAUAGGAGAAGCGAGUAGUAAAAAUACGGUAGUAGUAAGAAUAGCAUAGUAGAAAAGGUCAGCGGAAGGAAAUAGUAUCUCAGGCAGCAUCGCGGAUCGGCGUCAUCAACCUCUCCAUCUGCGAACUCUAUAUUUAAAAAUCCUCGCUAUUCGGGGCGUCCCCAGGCAAACCGCUUAGUGAGUGUCGUGCCCUUGAGUGACGACGGACUUCGCGUAAGCGGGCAUUUUCCUCGAGGCACGCCGGGCAGUGACGCGGUCUUAUUCUCCCCCAGCAUGUAAUGGUUUAAUAAGAAUUUGUUGAUUGUUUAAAAGGGAGGCAGCAUAUAGUCCUAACGAAAAAUAAAGUUGUUCUACAGGGGUCGAAUACGGAUGUACGGCUCUUCUGAUAGUGGUAGUUUUGUGGCCGAAUUUACGGCCUUAUGCGCCCCCAGUAUGUAAUUUUUUGAGUUGUUUAAGAGAUGUAUUUAAUUGCUUAAACGGGCGGCGGGAUAUAGUCCUACGGAAAAAAAAAACACGCCCGCGCGAGUCAGGCUACCACGCUUCGCCUCCUUGAUUGAUUGACUGAUCGAUUGAUUGAUUGAUUGAUUGAUUGAUCGUGAGGGCUCGCCCUUCAAUAGCCCGACACAGCGUAAGCAAAGCGGGCAGAGUCCAAAGACAGCCGCAGGCAGUUUCCGCCUGGGGUUCCUUGUAACAGACUACGUUAGGCGACUAGCCUCUGGUCUUUUGCUAUGGAUGCUCUCUUGUGGGCUAGGUCAGCGGGAACGCAGUCGUGCUUGCACAGUCCAGAGUUGGCCCACGGGCUGUUUUAGUUCCUCCGUUAUCCAGCACCGCCGCUCGCUAGACGGCCGGAUAUAGUUGAUUGAUAACGGCAGAAACUACCUUACUCUGCGUCGUCGUCUAGACCUAUUUUUUCAUAACAAACCACACUCACUAUCCCAUGUUCGCACUGGAGAAUAUAUGCAUUCAUAAGACCCGAUACUGGCAUAAUGUCAUACAGGUAAGUGUCCAUAUGCAUACAUACUAGUAGCUAUUUACGUGUCUUAAACUGAUCGAGUCUCUCUAAUAGCUGCUUAACAUAUGUCUGUUUCUGUCUUUAUCGCGCGAACAUGUUUUGACAUUUGUUCUUGAAAUUCGAGAAGGAACGCAAAGAUGUUUCCUUCUUCGAUUGCCGCAAUAUGCCAUUCCGCGGGCUGGCCCUUUAAGACACGCUUUGUUGGAGAGAAGGAUCAACUUCUAUGAGGCAAAGUCCUCAAGCUUGCCAAAUCCUCGGGAAU